AUGGGUGCUUCUAAUAUCAAUCUUACAAAUUCGGUUGAUCUUAACAACCCUAUUGAGGAAAGUCCUUCAAUAGAUAUUGUAAAAGGAAUUGAUGAUAGAUGUGUUAUUUGGACAUUUUCAUUAAUCGGAAGACUUGAUUUAGUUCGAUUGAAAUUUUCUGAAGCGGUUGUGGAUCUGAAAAAUCAGUGGAAACUUGAAGGUCAAUGCAAAAUAAUUCCAUUAGGAAAAGGAUUCUUCACAAUCAAACUUGAUAAUGAGAGGGAUAAGGGUUAUAUUAAAGCUGGUAAAUGGGAAGUUCGUCAUCAGGAAUUAUGGAUUAGAAAUUGGAUUCCCAACUUUCGUCCAGAAAAUCACCGUACUUCUUAUGCAAAUAUUUGGGUACAUCUUCCAGGAUUAAGCUUAGAGUACUGGGAUGAACAAACCUUAUUCACCAUCUGCAAUGCUCUGGGUACUCCAGUUAAAGUGGAUGAAGCUACAUUAAACUUUGAAAGUGGUUUAUAUGCAAAGGUCUUAGUAAAUAUUGAUUUAGAAAAGAAGGUGCCACAUAAAAUUUGGAUCAAAACAAAGUUUGGAGGUUUUAUACAAGAUGUUUUACUUACCAAUCUACCUAAAUUCUGUCACAACUGCAAAAUCGUAGGUCAUUUUCAAUUUGAAUGCAGAGCAAAGAAGGUAUCAAAUGAAACAAGUAACCAACAAAACAAUAGUAACUCUCCAAUAUUUGGUUCUUCAUCAAAUCCAGAUAAUGAGCCUCAGAAAGAAAAGGAAGUAGUCAAGAGCACUCUACAAGCUACUCCACAUCCCACAAACUGUGAGAAAUUUGAUAUUUGUUUCACUUCAGUAACAAACAUUCAUCCAAACAAUGUUAUCUCUCCACAUCCCAGUUCUGCACUUCAUAUUACUUCAGGAAGAUUUGGUUCAUUAAAUAUAGUUGUUGAAGAAUAA